AAACUUCGAGAUAACAGAUUUAGUUUAGGUUUAGCAGAUCUUUGAUUUCAAGCGAGCUGGAACCAGAAAUCUUGACGGCAACGUCGCUACGGGUGAAGCCGUUUUGUAAACCCGAUCUCGAUCUCCCUUUCUGUUCCCCGUCAUCAUCCCCUGUACCAUCCUAUAGAUGACUACAAUAAUUAGCCACAGCUAUUAUAAUGUCAUACGCUGAUGGGAAUAACGUCCGCGUAGAGGAGACGCUAAAAAUCAAAAUAAGUGAAGUUCGAAAUCUACCUCCUCGCACACAAGGAUCACCGAAAUUUCGCAGUCCAUUUGUGACUGUUAAUCUGGACCAAGAAACCGUUUUCGCAACAUCGGUUAUAAAGAAUUCUCAAAAUCCUUAUUUUGGAGAGGAGACGCAGUUUGAAAUUCCUCGGAAAUUCCGCUUUCUAAAUGUAUAUGUCUACGAUAAAAACGAUCCAAAUCCUAAUGGUCAGAUCAACGGAGCACUGGGCAAGGUAGCCAUCGCCAAGCAGGAUUUGUGUAAAUUUAACGGGAAAGACCAAUGGUUUCCCAUCGUGCCGGUGGACAGCGAUAGCGAGGUGAAAGGAAAAGUCCAUGUGGAGGUCUUCCGGGUCAACAGUGCCUUAGCGGUCAGGCUAAAGGAGUGUGCUGACUUGACCAUUGUCAAGAACACCUGCGAUCCUUUUGCGCUGGUCAGCGUGGAACAUCAUCCCAACAGCAAAGAUGCCACACCUCUCAUGUUCAAAACCAAAGUGUGGAGAAAGACUACAGUACCCCGUUUCGAUGAAACCUUCUACUUCCCGGAGUCAAUGUUGGAUUACGAUAAAGCGGAAAUCCGCAUCUGCGUAUGGCAUGAAUCGGUGGGGGUGUGGGGGCAUGUGUUUCUCGGGGAAAUUCGCAUACCGCUCAACGGACUGGAUGCGCCCCACCACAAAGCGUGGUACUUUCUCCAGCCAAGGGAUCAAUCGAGAAGUACAAAUGUUUUGGAGAAGGGUGGUGCUAUUCGACUUAGUAUCCGCUACAGCUCGGACGAGAUCAUCUCCUCGGAGUGCUACGAACCUUUACGUCAGCUGCUCUUAGAGUCAGCGUCCUUUGAUCCCAUCACAUCCAGUGCUGUGUAUAUUCUGGGGGAAUUAUGUGAUGAUAAACUGGAUGUGGCCAAGCCGAUCGUCCGUAUUUUUCUUCACCACGACAAGUUACCGGACCUCAUAAGAAGUUUGGCACAGCUGGAAAUGAAUGUCAUCUCCGAUGUGAAUACUUUAUUCCGUGGUAACACGCUCCUCUCAAAGUGCGUCGAUGAACUGAUGAAGCUGGUUGGCCGUUUCUAUUUGCAGGCCGUUUUAAAAGAGAUAAUCGAUAAAAUCCAUGCAGAAAAUAAGUGCUGCGAAAUCGAUGUCAGCAAGAUGACCGAUCCUAAUGAUUUGACGGCUAAUUUGGAAAAUUUGGUUGGCUACAUUAAGCAGAUACUAGAUGCAAUCACCCAGUCUGCACUUUCCUGCCCUGUAUUGAUCUCAGAAAUUCUUGCCGAAUUAAAACGCUGUGCCGUGGCUAAAUAUCCCAACCGACCGGAAAUUCAGUAUUCCGUGAUUGCGGGAUUCAUUUUGCUCAGAUUCUUUGCUCCGGCUAUUCUUGGACCAAAAUUGUUUGCUCUGCGAAAGGAAGGAGGAUGUCCGUCCAAUGUGUCGCGCACGCUCACCCUGAUUUCUAAGACAGUGCAGAGUGUGGGCAAUUGCCUAAGCAAUGAAAACAACAAGAUUUUAUUUAAAGAGCCGUACAUGGCACCGGUGUUUGAGCGUUUCUGCACGGAUCCGUAUCUCAGUCAGAUGAAGCGCUUCCUGGAGACUGUCUCCUCCGCCAAUCUCAUCCAUUGCACAUUCCCCGUGAAGCUCAAGGAAGGGUAUGCUUUUUCCACUUUUGAAGUGGACAAAGCGUCCAACUCAAGAUGGAGCAUGUUGGUUUCUAGAUAUCUGACCAAGCGAGCGCAGAGCCGCAAGCGGUUUGGUUUGAAAAAUCUCCGCCGACGCUACUUUUGCCUGUCAACUCACGAACUGACUUAUGCUAAAGAGCGUGGCAGUGCACCGCUUUGUCGUAUCCCGGUGGCCGAGAUUCUGAGUGCUGAGUGUGUCCAGGAAGAUUCUUUUAAUAUGAAGAAUAUGCUCCAGAUCAUCCAGCCUUAUCGGCAGUUGUAUAUGCAAGCUAGUCAUUGUGUGGAAGCACGCGAAUGGAUGGACGCGCUCAGUUUUGUUGUGCAGAGGAAUCAGCGGAAACGCGAUGUCUUCCAUCCGGGUGCGUUCGUGUCCGGGGUGUGGCAGUGCUGUCGGAAACCGGAUCAUGCUGAGCCUGGCUGCUGUGCUGUUACCGCGGCCCAACAGGUGCCGGUGGAUAUUGAUGUUGACCGGGAAACGGAGAAAGUCCAUAUGCUCUUCCUCGCUAAUAUUGAACGCCUGGUGAAAAUGCAAUCGAACUGUGACUCGGAAAUCGAGAUCCAGUUAACCGGGGAAAGUGUGCCACGCCCUUUCGACGAUCCCAAUUCCCGGCGGAUGACAAUUGAGAAUAUUUAUCGACGGAUUGUCGGUUUGGAAAGGGCGCAUAAACGGCACACGGAGCAAAUGUGCCAAGAGCACUAUUAUGGAUCCGAGUUCGCUCCAAUCGGUGAAGAUAAUUAUACAUACUUAUUAUUGGCUAAUACGGGGGCUACUGCAACUGCGCCUGGUCUCGUUAAACCCCGCUUGAAUUGACCCGGCUGAUAUGAAAUAUCGCGUCGUGGUGUUUGGCGUGUCGUUAUGAUUGUUCUCCAUGUUUGUGUGAAUGUUCUCCGUCCGUUUUUUGAUACUCCUUUGCCACAAUUAAUCUUUACCAAAGUUUUGUACAUCUCUCCCCACAAUCCCGGGGCUUAUUUGGAAUUCUGACCGUUCGUCUGCUGUUUGAUCGUUAACUUGGGGAACUGGUUGUCCGUUCACGGUGUGCUGUAGUUUUUCGUAGCCUGUACAGUUGUUGCUUGAUGGUUGGCCGGCUGACACAUCGUUUCUGCGGCUGGAUCCCUGCUUUUAAAUUUUUUUACUUUUGUUCCUUUGAUUCUACACCAAACUUUGUUGUGUUGCCGUUUGCUGAGUUUAAUUUCUUCCUUUAAUAGGCAUCUGUCAUAGUAGGCCGAUUAAUGGCAGCUAAUUUGCUGGUCACUAUGUGUACUUGAAUCUGGCGCGCUCAUUGCCGUCCGCGGGUCUGGACCAAUUGAUAUUUUAUACAUAAUUUUAACUUCGUUGUUUUGACAUAAAUUAACUUUCUGUGGUUAACCGGGAGUUUUUGUGCAGCAAUGUCGCAGAGAUGUGCACAGUCCUGUUCUGCAUUUGAAGACUUUUAUUUAUUUGUAACGUUUUUAUGUGAUGGCUACUGGAUAGUCGUCGAAAAUAUGUACAAAUGUCUUGUUGAUAGAGAAAAGUCGUUAUUAAAGAA